GACUGAUGAGCCCCACCCCCUAGCCACGUGGAGUCAAAUGCUUCUUUGUCAAAAAUUUAUCUUUUACUAGCUAAAGUAGAGAAAAACAGUGGAGGACAAUGGGGAGGAAGGGUAAGAUUGGCAAGAGCCGUAAGGACAAGUUCUACCAUCUCGCCAGAGAGACAGGAUACAGAGCUAGAUCUGCCUUCAAACUGAUACAACUCAACAGAAAAUACAAUUUCCUUCAGAAAAGCAGAGUUUUAGUGGACCUGUGUGCUGCACCAGGCGGUUGGCUACAAGUGGCUGCUAAGUUCAUGCCUAUGUCCAGUUUGAUCAUUGGUAUUGAUCUGGUCCCGAUAAAGAGCAUCCCUAACGUCAUUACUUUGCAAGAAGACAUCACCUUACCCAGAUGCAAGCAGCAACUUCAACGUGAGCUGAAGACUUGGAAGAUUGACUGCUUACUCAAUGAUGGAGCUCCAAAUGUGGGGUCGGCAUGGGUACAGGAUGCAUUCUCACAAGCCGAGCUAACACUAUCAGCUGUAAAACUGGCCACAGAAUUUUUGAGGGAAGGAGGCUGGUUCAUCACCAAGGUGUUCAGGUCUAAAGACUACCAGCCUUUAAUAUGGGUGUUGGAGCAGCUGUUUAAGAAAGUAAACGCCACCAAACCUCAAGCCUCCCGUAUAGAGUCUGCUGAGAUCUUCGUUGUGUGUCAGGGCUUCCUGGCCCCUAGCAAGGUCGACCCUAAACUACUGGACCCACGGUUUGUCUUCAAAGAGGUGGAUGGUGGGGAGGAAGUCGAACAGAAGAUAAGCCUCACAAAGAUUCAGAAACCUGCCAAGGCAGAGGGUUACCCUGACGAUGCUCGCAUACUUUACAAGACCACUUCUGUUGCAGAUUUCAUCACUGGAGAAAGCUAUAUCAAAAUUCUUGGAUCAACAAAUAAACUAGUGUUCGAUAAAAUGUCCGAUGUGUUCUCCAAGCACCCUCUCACCACGGAUGAAAUCCGUGCCAGUUGCGACGAUAUUAAACUGCUUGGCCCUCGUGACUUUAAACAGCUGGUGAAAUGGCGGGACAAGCUGAGACAGUUUCUGGAAGACGUGGGUAGUGAUGACGAGGAUGGUGUGGGUGAUGGUGUGGAGGGGGUGGAUAAGACGGAGGAGCAAAUCAAGAAGCUAGAGAGCGAAGAAGCAGCUGAAGUUAAGAGGGAAAGACGUCGUCUCCGGCAGCAACAUAAGAAGUUGAAGGAACGAUUAGUGAAGAAUCGUUCAGCCAAUGACGAGGCAGGAGAGAUUGUUCGCCAGGAGCACCUGUUUCGACUGAGGGACAUCAAAAGCCAGGCACAGCUAGAGGAAGUGGACAGGGGAGAGAUGGCAGAAUUGGAGGAAUCAGCUGAUGAAGAGAGUGAAUAUGGAGGUGAAGAUAAUCAGAGUGACGACGAAUUCUCAGACCAAGAGAAUGGUGACCACAAUGACAGUGUCCAAGGUGACAGUGAUGAUGAGGGGAGUGAGUCUGAGAGAGAAUCUGAGGAGGAACCGAUAUUGCGUGGUGCCAGUCCAGACAAUCCACUAGUGGUCUCUCUGGAGGAUGCAGACACAACUCGCUCCAAGCGCACGAACCGGUGGUUCAACAAGACUGAGUUCGCUGGCCUUAGUAACGAAGGAGACGAGGAUAUAGAGUUACAGCAGAUGGUGGAAAACUAUAAGAAUAUAGGCGGGCUGGAAGGAGACACAAUGAAAGGCAAAAAGAAUGAUAAAAAGAAAAAAGCCAAGGCUAAAGAUGAGGUCGUAGAUGAUGACGGGGAAAAAGCAGCCUGUGACGAUGAAGGUCAAGCAGAGCCUCAAUUAGAUAAUGAGGAUGCCCCUAGCAAUCUUAACGGCUCCGACUUUAGUUCUGACGACGACUCCUCUGCUGAUGACGAUGAUGAUGAUGACCUCCAUAUCUCACAGGCCAGGCAGGCAUAUGCUGAGAAAAAACUCAAUGGUGACACAGCUGAAAAGGAGAGCAGUUCUCUAGAGGUGGUGCCCGUCUCAUUGGGAAUCAAGAGGAAGUUGGACCCUGAGGGGCUUGCCCUGGGGGCAGUAAUGAUCCAGUCUAAGAAAAAACGAGAGGAGCUUAUCGACAGUGCUUACAAUCGAUGGACAAGCAACGAUGAAACCUUACCUGACUGGUUCCUUGCAGAAGAAUCAAAAUAUUGCAUUAAACAGAUUCCCAUCUCGAAAGAAAUGGUUACCCAGUAUCGCAAUAAACUAAAAGACAUCAACAGCCGUCCGAUUAAGAAAAUUGCUGAAGCCAAGGGUAGGAAAAAGAAGCGUGCACUUCGCAAGAUGGAGAAAGUACGCAAGAAGGUUGAAGUGAUUACGGAUGCCCCUGAUGUCAGCUCACAGGAAAAGGCACAGCAGUUGAAGCAGAUGUACAAGAAAGCUGGUGUGGGAGAUAAGAAGAAGGAAGUUAAGUAUGUAGUGACUAAGAAGAGAUCCGCCGCCAAACGUAUGCCUCGUCCAGCCGGUGUCAAAGGUCACUACAAGGUAGUCGACCCCAGGAUGAAGAAAGACAAUAAGAGCAAGAAAAAGAAUUCGCAAAAUUCUCGAGGGAAAGGCAACAAAAGAAAACAUUGACAUUGAACUUAUACUGGACUUGCAUUACACUUAUUGUGGUGUGUGUGAAUGUCAUUCUUAUUAUACCUCUGAA